AUGAACAACACCAACAACUCUCAGUCUUCUCCAGUCCCCGCUGUGCCUCACCAGCUCAACCAGUCACAGCCCUCUGCUACUACUGCGGAUCAUUCACCAGCACGCUUGGUCAACACCAACCAAACCGUCACAGCGAACCAAAGAUCUGUCAGCCAGCUCCGUCAAAGGUGGCAGCUACUUGAGCAGCAGUAUGCCACGGACAUCCAGACACUAGCCUCAGCUCGAGUGACGGCUCCGGCUCCAGCCACUCAAGCCACACCAGCUCUAGCCUCAAUGCCCCAGGCCCGCAACAUUGGCUGGGCUCGCACAUUCAACCGUCGUGUGCUUGCUGGGCGACACGUUACUGCAACAUUUUAUUUUGAUCGCAAUGGGGACCCCCGCGGUUAUUUGUAUCAGCACGACGAGUUCAUUCUUGGGCCCGUCAACGAAUGGGGAGGUGUUGCAUCAGGAUAUGGACUGUUCCCGAUCUGA